CAACACUCAACCUUUGCGCACAGCAUGGUUUAGCAUUUGAUCAAGGAUGCUGGUACCAUCUGCCGGCGCUUCCGGGGCUUUGCUAAGAGCCUCUUGUCAGCCUCGGAGGCUCUCCUUGGCUCUUCACCCCCAGCAAAAUCUCCUAUCGCUUUUCAGGCAUUACUCGUCGCAAACCGCGCCAAAUGACGUGGCCAACGCGUUGAAGAGGAGUACGCUUGCUUUGCCGUCGACUGCACGAUUCAAUGAGAUUGGUGUCCAGCAGCUAAGCAGCCAUGUCCAUUCUCAAAUAUUUCCUCGACCACCCACACCGCCGGAGCCGGAGUUAGUGGCCCUUUCGAAAGACCAUCUAACCAGGCAUGAGCUACUUGGGAAAGCCCAGGAUGCCGCUAAUCCGAUCGCCUUCGAUUUGCCUCGCCUGCAAGGCGAGACACUGGAUGAGCAUUUUUACAAGCUGGGAAUGGACGCCUCUGCGCCAUAUCUGGACUUUGCGAGACGGUAUUCGUUGAUUCAUCUUUCACCGGCCCCCCGAAAAUGGGUUAGAAGGAGUGGAUGGACGAAAUACAAUGCCGAUGGGACGACUGAACAAGUCCACGCCCCCAACGAGAGCAUGUUAACCUUCGACACUGAAGUUAUGUGGAAGGAAAGUCCCUUUGCUGUUAUGGCAUGUGCUGCAAGCCCCACAGCAUGGUAUGCCUGGCUUUCGCCGUGGCUUCUUGGAGAAUCUGAAAACCCUCAGCACCUUGUCCCACUAGGUGACCCUUCGAAUUCGCGGAUAGUUGUGGGGCAUAACAUUGGCUACGACAGAGCUAGGAUACUUGAAGAAUAUGAUUUACAACAAUCGCGCAAUUUUUUCCUCGAUACGAUGUCUUUACAUGUGGCAGUGAAUGGAAUGUGUUCACAACAAAGACCUACCUGGAUGAGACAUAAAAAGAACCGUGACCUAAGAGAAAAGAUAGCGCAGCAAACAGACUCCUAUGAACUUGGCCAACUGCUAGAAAACAAAGCACUUAGUGAAGAAGAGGAGGAGUUGUGGGUAGGAAGGAGCUCCAUUAACUCCUUGCGAGAUGUCGCUAAAUUCCAUUGCAAUGUCACCAUCGACAAGGCGCAGCGAGAUCACUUUGGCGAGCUUGACAGAGAUGGUAUACAGCAGAGAUUAGAUGAGCUUCUCGAUUAUUGUGCAGCCGAUGUUUCCAUCACCCACCGCGUUUACCGAAAAGUAUUUCCCAAUUUUCUUGAAACCUGUCCCCAUCCGGUGAGUUUUGGGGCAUUACGGCACCUCUCUACCGUAAUUCUGCCAGUCAACGAGACAUGGGCCCAGUACAUCAAAAGGGCCGAAGAAACAUAUCAUCGUCGAUUAAGUGAUGUCCAAAAUCGGCUGGAGGAACUGUGCCAAGAAGCAGUUGAAGUGAGAGAUAAACCAGAAGUGUACAAUAAUGAUCCUUGGUUACGGCAACUUGACUGGUCCGGCCAGGAAAUUAAGAUGGUUAAAGGAAAGAAGAAAGGUGAUCCUCCCCGGCCAGCUGCACGCCAGAAGAAGCCCGGCAUGCCUAAAUGGUACAAGGAUCUCUUCCCAAAAAGCAAUGGCCCGAUGAAUUUGACUGUGCGCACGCGAAUUGCGCCAAUUCUUUUGAAGCUAGCUUGGGAUGGAUAUCCCCUCGUGUGGUCUGAUAAGUAUGGGUGGACGUUCCAGGUCCCGAAAGCCGACGUGCACAAAUAUCAGCAUCAAGCCGUCGUACAAUGCGACAUGUCUGAAGAAAAGAACGAGGUUCUUAAAAUUGACACGGCCAAUGUAUAUUACAAGCUGCCUCACAAGGAUGGGCCCGAAGCACGCUGUGUAAGCCCGAUGGCAAAGGGCUAUUUGCAAUACUUUGAGGGCGGGAAACUUUCGUCGCAAUUUGCAUUAGCGAAGGAGGCGCUGGAGAUGAAUGCUUCGUGCUCAUAUUGGAUAAGUGCCAGAGAUCGAAUCAUGACGCAGCUCGUCGUCUAUGAGAAAGAUUUACCUGGCUCAUCGCGUGAUGGAAAAUCUCAAAACCCUGCGUCAAAUUUGGGUUUCAUAUUGCCUCAGAUCAUCCCGAUGGGAACGAUCACUCGAAGGGCCGUCGAGAAUACCUGGCUUACGGCGAGCAAUGCAAAGGCUAACCGUGUUGGCUCGGAACUCAAGGCUAUGGUCAAGGCUCCGCCUGGCUACGUUUUUGUAGGCGCUGACGUUGAUUCCGAAGAGCUUUGGAUUGCUAGUCUUGUGGGCGACUCCCAGUUUCAAAUCCACGGGGGUAAUGCGAUUGGCUUCAUGACUCUGGAGGGCACCAAAGCCGCUGGAACCGAUCUUCACUCGAAAACCGCUAAAAUCCUGGGAAUCUCUCGAAAUAACGCUAAAGUAUUCAACUAUGGUCGGAUCUACGGAGCUGGACUCAAGUUUGCUGCUACUCUCCUGCGGCAAUUCAACCCUUCGAUUUCAGACGAUCAGACAAAAGUGAUCGCAGCCAAUCUUUACAAGGAAACAAAAGGUACACGAACAAUUCGUAAGACGAUUAGCGACUCGCCAUUCUGGAGAGGUGGGACUGAAUCCUUUGUUUUCAACAAGCUUGAAGAGUUCGCAGAGCAGGAAAGACCUCGAACUCCUGUGUUAGGUGCCGGAAUCACGGAAGCUCUAAUGCGGCGCUUUAUUAACAAGGGAAGUUUCAUGACCUCACGUAUUAACUGGGCGAUCCAGUCAUCGGGCGUCGAUUACCUCCACUUGCUUAUUAUAUCUAUGGAUUUCCUUGUUCGCCGUUUUAAUUUAAAUGCCCGUCUCGCCAUUAGCGUUCACGAUGAAAUCAGGUACCUUGUUAAGGAGGAAGAUAAAUACAGGGCUGCCAUGGCUUUACAAGUUGCAAACAUUUGGACUCGAGCCAUGUUCUCUCAGCAAAUGGGCAUUGAUGACUUGCCUCAAUCAUGCGCAUACUUCUCGGCUGUCGACAUCGACCAUGUGUUGAGAAAGGAAGUUGAUAUGGAUUGCGUGACCCCUUCGCAUCCGCAGAAAAUUCCCCCGGGUGAAUGUAUUGACAUUGCUCAGUUGCUCGAGAAAGGCGAUCAAGCUUUCCUGGACCCUUCUAUUGAGCCGUGUCUUCCCCCGGCUCCUGAGAAGUACACAUAUACUCCGCGAAAGACAGUGAUGUCCUCACUAGACUGCGCUCAAGAUAUCUCUUUCAUCAAGGCGCAAAUCGUCAGCGACGACAAGGAAUUACGCGCCAUUAUCAGAGACAUAAUGAAAAGCCAACCUUCCUCCGAUAAAUCCAAUGCAACUUCUGGGUCGUCCGCCAGCAGACGACGAAGUGUGUCGAAAGUCCCUUCACAUGCUGAGCCCCAGCGUGCGGUUCUUAUGGAGGUGGAGCCAAACCUUCUCGACGGAUUCAAAGGAUUCAACAGCGUUGAGAAAACGCCGCAGUUUCCAAUUCACCGCUAUGGAUGGAAACCCAAAACAUCGCCUCGUCUCUAGGAGACCCUAUCUAUUCGACUCCCUUCAUCCCUUUCUCUGAAAUUUGUACUGUACAUGUAACUUCCUGAGCACUACGUUCCUAUGUUCUACUACCCCUUUCUCUACAGUGGCAGUAUGCCCUUCUGAUAUAUGGAGUAACGUCCUCCCAGGAAAAAAAAAAAAAAAAAAAAAAAAAGGCCGAUAAUGAUGUCCUUGGCGCAUUGGCUCACGGGGAGUUGGUGUACAAUUGGUGCAUAAGACGGCGCUGGCGUAGCUUCGGCACCGCCAUGGACGGAGGACAGGCGGACUUGAAUAGUAUUGGAUAGCAUCUAAUAAUGUCUGAUGCGGUGAGGAUAUGCUGUUUGGAUGACCAAAGUCAAUGUAUUAUUAGAUGAUCUCAUUUGUCUAAAGUUCAAAUAUUUAUUAAUUAUGUGCG